AUGUACACACCCGAGGUUCUUAAGACAGAGAACCUGACGCGGUACUGCACCCGCUUGGUGGCAUUUGGCCUGCACAUGCCGGAACUGUUGGACAGAUAUGCGCAGAGGGCCGAGGAGCUUGCUGCGCAGCUGCAGCCGAACCAGUUCGGGCUCAUUCUCAAUGCAUUUGCUCGGGCAUCCCAUCGGCAUGACAAGGUGUCUAUUGCCAUUCGGGUGGAAUGUUCACGGAACAUGAUGGGACUUAUGCUGUUGCACAAAGCCUUGGAUUGCAUGUUGGUGCAGCGCACCAGGUUUGUGCCUGCUGACAUCGGUCGAGCUUGCGGUGCUUACGCAAAGCUACGGGAGCGUGAUGAGGUUGCCAAUGCCUACGCGCGUCUGGACAUUCGAGAUGAACUUCUGCUCGAUGACAUCGCGGACGAGGUAACGUUGCUGUUGAUAGCCAACGCCUUUGCUCACUUCAAGAUUCGGCACCGCCGCUUGUGGCCGGUUCUUACCGAGUGGUUACUGCAAGCACACCUGGACUUUCGAGCUCAGGAUGUUGGGACAGUGCUGAACGCCCUGAGUGCUGUUGAUUUCCAUGAUGAGGCACUUGUGCGAACUCUCCUUCUGGCCCUGGCAGAGGAGCCACUUCUCUCCGAAGCAACUCCCGAAACGCUCAGUCUCGUCUUCAAUGCUUUGGGCAGACUCCGGCGACCACAGCCUCCGGAUGUCGAGGCAGUAGAGGCUGUCGCAACAUUGGCUAAGCACGUUUUGGCUGGGCUGGGCAAUCUUGGGCCGGCCGGGCUGAUGCAACUUCUUCAUGCAUCUGCCAGGUGGAAAACGCUGCAGUCAGCAGACCUCACAGAGGGCAUUCUUCAAAAUGUUGGCCAAAGACUCUCAGAGUUUCCAGCCCAGUCUUUGUGCCUCUUGGUACACUCCUGCUCAAGGUUGCAACAGAGAGAUGUGCGGCUCCUCACACAAGUUGCCAAAGCAAUCGCGCCGCAGCUGCCGCAGUUCACGCCGCAGGCACUAGCAUUGACAGCACACGGAUUCGCAAAGAUUGAGGUGCGCUCCGAAAUCUUGUUCUAUCUCCUUGCAGAAGAGAUUGCGCAGAAGAUGCCGCUUUUUUCUGGUCAAGGUGUCGGCAUGACCUUACAGUCCUUUGGCAAGUUGCAGAUCAACAACAAGAAGCUGGUCCGAGCAUGCAUCAAACAUGUACGAGCACUGUCGGAAGAGCUAACUCUACAGGAGGUGGAUGCCGUACAGGCAGGCCUACAACAGCUUGAGGCAUUGGACGGUUCAACAGACGCGCUUCUGCGCAGCUUGCGGCGAAAGCUCCAGAUGCAGGCGUACUCCCCAGCGGAUGACCCUUCCGAAGCAUCUGCUGAAAGCCUGCUGCGAAAGUUGUCCGAGGAACCAGCGCAGGGAGCCGCUGUAUCUAAUUCUGGUGCAGCUCAGCCGACGCUGGUAACCAAAAUGCCAUCAAAGUCUUUUGAGCCGGAGGAUGCUGCUACAUCAGAUUCGGCAGACCUGUGGACUCUUUGGUCGCGCCAGCAAGCAGAGGGUGUUGAAGGAGUGCCCAUGCCUACAAAGGAUGCCUCGGAGACGGUGGGUGCGACCCCUCCUGCUCAACUGCGAGAAUACUUGACGAGGCCAGAGAGGAUGGGCCGAAAGGCAACAGUGGUUGGGGGAGAGGCAGAACGUGCAACAGGUGGCCGCAAGCAUGGGCGAAGACAGCUGAAGGCUAUGCAAGACUCUUAG